AUGCGUUUCCACACUGUCGCUCUCCUCACUGGCGCAACUGCUGCCGCUGCGGGUAACACCGCUACUCUGCUUCUCCCUGGUUUCCAGGGUCGCAACCUCGAGGCUGGUAUCAUCAGCAAGGCUGGCGAUGCCACCACCUACCUGGUGACCUGCCCGACCACCGUCGCCUCUGCUGACUGCGGUAUCCCCGGCAAGGGCAUGACUGCUGUCGCUGCCCCCAGCUCCGCUGAGCUGUACCAGGCUUACGCUGACGGCAGCACCGCCACCGUCUCCUGCGCUGUUGCUGGCACCACCUACGCCUCCUGCUCCGCUGCGCAGGGCACCGUGACCGUCGAGCACACACUGGACUCCAAGAACAUCAACUGGAUGCCCGUCACUGUGACUGGAGACUGCUCGACCAGCACUCCCACUCCCACUCCUACCCCUACUAUCACCACUACCGAGGUCACCCAGACCUCUACCUCGACUUCCAGCCCGAUCUCGAGCCCCAUCAAGUCUACUUCUCGCCCGGCCUCGUCCACCCCUGUUGCUAGCAGCACCCCUCUGGCCCCCAGCCAGACCGGUGCCAGCACCUCCGCCCCGGCCGCGACCCAGCCCGCUGCGCCCAACGCUGCCGUCUCUCUGGCCGGCAACGGCUGGACUCUCGGCGGUGCCGUCCUGGCUAUGGUCUACGCUCUUGUGUAA